AUGGAUAACUCAAGUUAUGAAAUUGGAUAUGAUUUUGUCAAUAAGUUUCCUGACGAAACCGUCGAAGAGGUUCUUCCCGCUGUAUUCGACCGCACCACUAAUACAUUCAGAAUCAAAAGAGUGAAUAUUGGAUGGGCUUUGAAGAAAAGCUACACCAUAGCUUACAACGAGAAGAAGCCGGUCGAACAACUCGCUGAUGGUGAAAGUAUUUACGAUAGAAGGAUUCGAAAGUUGUGCGCUGGUGCUUUACGAUGUUUAAGCUUGCAAUGCAAGAGACCUGAAGGUGUCAAAGAUCAACGGCCACCCACCAAGGGAAAAGACAGUUAUGGCUACUCCAAAAGGUUUGAAUGCCCAUAUUGGAAGGCGCCAUUGGAGAAGGUUCCUUGUGGUGUUCCUGUAACUUUUACCUUCCGUGUAAAUGACUCUCGCAGAGAAGACAGAGGCAGUACCGUAACAAUGCGACAAGAAAUAACAGAAACGAAGAAGCACACACACACCAUUUACAAUUCGCUCCAUCUCGAUAGAUACGAAAAGAGGGAGCUUAAAAAGAUGGUAAAAACAAGACCAAACAUAACUGCUGCUGCUGCCAUUUCUGGCAUUGAUCCCUAUACUGGUGAAAUUACGAAAAGUGCCAGAAAAAUUAACAAUUUGAUGGCUAAUCAUGGACGUACUAAGUAUGAGGUCCGAAGAUCAAAGAUCCAACAGGACCUGUAUACUACAAAAGAAGAUGCUGUAGCUGCGUUCCAAGAUCUUGAUGAGAAGUAUCCACACUUCAUGGAUUCAGCCCAAAUUCUCCCUAGCAAGUUUUUUGUAAGCUUUUGCUCACCAGAAAUGCUUCAAUGCAAUCUGCCUUUUGCCGACCGAUCCAUCGUAACAGAUGUUACACUCAAGGCCGUCCCAGAGGGAUAUUAUUAUCUCUGCUCAAGUGUCAUAUACGUCAAGCAACUCCAAAAGCAUGUCGUCUUUUAUCAAGCGAUAAUCAAAAGCAACAGCGCUCAAGUUUUCAAGCAGUAUUUUGUUGCCUUGUUUAGAAAGUUCGACAUCAAGCUAGAGCGGUUUUUGGGAGCCAUCAUGGAUUUCUCAGCUGCACAACGCGAAGGGUUCAUACUAGCUCUUAGGGAGGUUUUUGAUGUCAAGCAGCACAACGCAUUGCCCUUUUUGAAAGGUUGCUAUAUGCAUUGGAUGCAGUCAGUCAGACGGCUGUCUACCAAUCAUCAAGUUGUCAAGCCAGAUGAUAUUGAUCUGUUUUUGAAGCUAGUUCAUCGCUUCCGUGCAACAAGCAAUGCAAUUGAAUUCUACCGUACCGGCCAAGAGAUUCUCUCUAAAUUUCCCAAUAGCAAAAAGUGGCUGCAAUGGUGGUUACAGCCUGGCGUAUCAAGCAUGAUCUUCAGAUGCAAGUCAUUGAUGAAAAAGGAAUUGAGACAGCACAAGAGCCGCACGUCCAACGCGAUUGAGGCAUUCCACAGUGCGCUCUACAAGCUGAUGCCUGAGAAGAGACAACCUGUUGCCACCAGUCUUCGACUGUUAUUGCAGGUAGCCGAAUAUCAUGGCAUGAUGAUGUUGGACUUGUAUGAGAACAACAUUCGUCCUCAUUACGGGAACAAUCAGAAGAAAACAACGGCAAAGAAGUACGCGACUCUUUACGAAAUCAAUGACGGCCGUGCGCCAGACAACAACGCUGCUCUCUUUGGAUCCAAGAAGAGAAAGCAACAAGUAGUAAUCAUUGGUGAUGAGGAGAAUGGCAAGCAUAAAAAGGCCAAGAAACUAGAAACUCGCGGUACUGAUUUGAACGCUGCGAUCAACGAACAUUUGGAUGAGGUUAUCGAAAUAGAGCAGAAUUGUCCAAAGAUUGAUGACAUUGCAGAUGGCAAUAUCAGCCAUGAGAGAUUCUUCCUUGAACUACUCUCAGAUAGUGAUGGUGAAAACGAUGAAGCAGACGACAGAUAUCAUAGAACCGAGAAUCUAGAAAACGACAUUAAGGAUAUGUUUAAAGGUGCUGGUGUUUCUGUCGAAGAUGUUGUUGUCAACUCUGAUGAGAGCUUCGAAUCGUCUGUUAUUGAUCUUGUAUCUUCCUCUUCUUCCUGUUCUUCCUCUUCGCCAAUAAUGAAGACCAAGUCUGAGCCUACUGCAUCUAAAAUGACAGCACCAACUGAUUCUGAUUUCUCGUUGUCUUCGUCCUCCUCGAACUUACCCUGUCUUGCAAGUAAUGACAAGCACAUUGAUCCUAUUAUACAAAGCAUUCAAAAGUCCACAUCUGCUACUAUAAUAGAUCUUUUCUCUCCCCCAAUGCUCCCUGAGAUUUUGGCAUCAGUAGCAAUUGAACCUAUUGCAAGCAGUUCGGCCACAACAGCAGAUCAACCUUCGCUUGAGAACGACUCAUCUACCGCUGCUGGCUUCCUGUUGCCGCAAAAAAUAACAUCUUUCUUGCAGAAAUAUCAGUGGCUCGUGAAAGAUUAUCAAAAUAACCAUCCAGACAGCCACCCAUCUCUGCCCGUUCCCACCUACAUAGUGUCAAACGAAAGUAACUCCUGCUUCAUCGAUGCGUUUUUUGAGCUUCUGUUCAAUGCCGCCCUUCCAUUUGUGGAUAUGUCUUUCGCUGAUGAAAACAACGCCUAUGAUUGUCUUCUCAUGAAUGCUUUUGAAUCAUAUUCUCAGCAAUCACCUUCUGGUAUCCGUGCUGCUACUUCUACUGUGAGGCACUUUGUUUGGAAUAUGACAGAAUACAAGCUUGUCUCUGGUGUUCGUCAGCUGGUUAAGUCGUUCCCAAAAGGUCGUCAGGGUGAUAUUCUUGAUUUGGCGAGCAUGGUAUUGGAGCGUUUGUCGAGUGUCUUUGCCAGCAAGGUUUGCACAUUUCCAUCAUUGCAAUGUGAAAGAAAAGUGCCUUGCUCUAUGGAAAAAGCGCAUGCGUAUGCGAGAGAUGACUUUUUCUCAUUUAUCUACAUGCUCCCGACCAACGUCAUUAAUGAAAUGAUAGAUUGCCGUGGGGUUUUCAAUGAAGCGGCACUGGAUACGAAAUUCAAUGACUUGUUCAGAGAGAAGGUGCUCGAGGAACACCAAAAAGGAAGAUGCAACGCUCCAGGAUGUGAUGGAAUCUCUACAUCAUACAGAUCAUUACCUCAAGAUAAUCAGUUUCCUAAGUUCAUGUUCGUACAAGAUGGUGCAAACUUUGUCCUUGGCAAAACAGCCGGAAACAAUGUCUAUAUGCCAACAUACAUCCACGUUUUGCAGAACGUAAAAUAUAAACUACGCGGUAGAAUCUACUCGACUAGCUUUGAUGGUGUACACUUUUAUACGAGGUGUUAUAAAACAAUUGAUGGGAUUGUAUAUCUCGUGGAUAUUGACAAUUGGCAGCAACAACAAAUGAAGGCACUCACCUCGGAUUUGGACGUAGCAGAGCGUCUUCUAAAAGAUAUUUCCAACACGGUAUAUGCAUGCUACAAAAGAGAAUAA